AUGAUCAACGCGGUGCUGGUCUUCAACAACAAUGGCCAGCCGCGAUUGACCAAAUUCUACACACAACUGGACACAGCAGUCCAACAACGCCUCAUAUCCGAGAUCUUUACCCUCGUCUCCGCCCGCCCAGAUUCCGCCUGCAACUUCCUCCCUCUGCCUCCUCUUCUCGCCUCCACUUCUUCCACAAACUCCAACGAUGCUCCCUCCCUCGUGACCUACCGGCACUAUGCCACACUCUACUUCAUAGUCAUUUCUACAUCGACUGAGUCUCCUCUCGCACUACUUGACCUGAUCCAAGUCUUUGUAGAGGCACUGGAUCGGCUCUUCGAGAAUGUAUGCGAGUUGGAUCUGAUAUUCAAUUUUGAGACGCUGCAUGCAGUGCUUGGUGAGAUGAUUGUGGGCGGGGUCGUGGUCGAGACGGGGCUAGAAAGGGUCGUAGAGGGCGUCAAGAGCCAGGGAAGAGUGGCGAAGAGACCUGUGAAUGAGAGCAGUCGCGGAGCGGGAAUAGGACUUUGGGCAGGAAGAUGA